AUGGUAGUGUUCUAUGGGAUAAUCAAUGUAGAAGUAUUUUGGAAAGCUCAGGCAAGCACCGUGGCCUACCACAACCACGACCACGACCACGACCACAUAUACCCCACCAGUGGACAUAUCAAGUGUGGAAGGACCGAGGAGGCUUUGGCCCUGAGGCUGGUGAAUGGAGAGGACCAGUGCCAAGGCCGUGUGGAGAUCCUGUACCAGGGUUCCUGGGGCACCGUGUGUGACGACAGCUGGGACAUCAACGAUGGCACCGUGGUCUGCAGGCAGCUGGGCUGUGGCGUUGCUGUGUCUGCCCCUGGAAACGCCCGCUUCGGCCAGGGCUCAGGGCCGAUUGUGCUGGACGACGUGUCCUGCACAGGGCAGGAGUCCUACCUGUGGAACUGGACCACAUACCGUGAUAUCAGUGUUGGUGUCUAUACCAGAAGCACAGCCAGCUUCCCUGCCCACGACCACAUCUCGACCAACACCAUGGCCUACCACGACCACGACCACAUAUACCCCACCAGUGGACAUAUCAAGUGUGGAAGGACUGAGGAGGCUUUGGCCCUGAGGCUGGUGAAUGGAGAGGACCAGUGCCAAGGCCGUGUGGAGAUCCUGUACCAGGGUUCCUGGGGCACCGUGUGUGACGACAGCUGGGACAUCAACGAUGGCACCGUGGUCUGCAGGCAGCUGGGCUGUGGCGUUGCUGUGUCUGCCCCUGGAAACGCCCGCUUCGGCCAGGGCUCAGGGCCGAUUGUGCUGGACGACGUGUCCUGCACAGGGCAGGAGUCCUACCUGUGGAACUGUGGGCACCGUGGCUGGCUGUCCCACAACUGUGCACAUUCAGAGGAUGCGAGUGUUGUGUGCUCAGGGACCACAUACCGUGAUAUCAGUGUUGGUGUCUAUACCAGAAGCACAGCCAGUACCAGCUUUGUCCCAGCCUCCUUGUUGGGGUCAAGCCCUAUGGGUGCUGUGCUCUGGCAGUAUCUCAUCUCCUGGCAUCUCUGUUUUGUCCCGACAGCAGAUUAUUCCUGUGGAGGCCUCCUGUCCCAAACCUCAGGGCGCUUUUCCAGCCCCUUCUAUCCUAAGAACUAUCCAAACAACGCCAGAUGUGUGUGGGAUAUUGAGGUUCCAAAUAACUACCAAGUAACUGUGACCUUCAGCGAUGUUCAGCUGGAAAGCGGCUGUAGGCAUGAUUACAUUGAGGUCUUCGACGGCCCCCACCGCAGCUCCCCUCUCAUCGCUCGUGUCUGCGACGGGGUCCAGGGCUCCUUCACCUCAUCCUCAAACUUCCUGUCCAUUCGUUUCAUCAGCGAUGGCAGUGUCACCAGGAGAGGGUUCCAGGUGGAGUUUUACUCCACCCACUCUAAUGAAAGCACCAACCUGCUUUGUCUGAACAAUCACAUGCAAGCCAGCGUGAGCAGGUCCUACCUCCAAUCCCUGGGUUACUCUGCCUGGGACCUUGACAUAGCUGCCCAGAACGUGAGCUACCAGUGUCAGCGUGAGAUCACGGCAAGCCAGGUUAUCUUCACGAUUCCCUACACGGGUUGUGGCACCAUCAAGCAGGUGGACAAUGACACCAUCAGCUACUCCAACUUCCUCAGUGCAGUUGUUUCAAGAGGGGUCAUCAAGAGGAAGAAGGACCUGCACGUCCACAUGAGCUGCAAGCUGCUGCAGGACUCCUGGGUGAACACCAUGUACAUCACCAAUGACACCAUUGAGCUCCAGGAGAUCCAGUAUGGCAACUUCAACUUGAACGUCUCCUUCUACACAUCCUCCUCCUUCCAGUACCCCGUGACCAGUCACCCCUACUAUGUGGACCUGGACCAGAACCUCUACCUUCAGGCUCAAGUCAUCCAUCCAGAUGCCUCCCUGUCCUUAUUUGUGGACACAUGUGAGGCCUCACCAACAUACAACUUCUCAUCGGUGACGUACGAUCUAAUCCGGAGUGGGUGCGUGAGGGAUGAAACCUACCAAACCUACUCUGCGCCGUCACCCCACAUUGUGCGCUUCAGGUUCCGUUCCUUCCACUUCCUGAACCGCUUCCCAUCUGUUUACCUGCGCUGUAAGAUGGUGGUAUGCAGGGCCUACGACUACUCCUCACGGUGCUACCAGGGCUGCGUGGUACGAUCCAAGAGAGAUGUGAGUUCUUACCAGGAAAAGGUCGACGUUGUCCUGGGACCCAUCCAGCUGCUGGAGCCUCAAGCUGCCAGGAAGAAGAGCCUGGAGUAGGGGGGUGCCCAGAGACCCUGAUGCUGCCGGUGCCCACAUACCUUGCCUCUUUCUGUCAUCUUACUCCAUCCAACCACAGAGCACCUACUGUGUGCCAGCCUACACCAAUUGGAUUUGACCUGCUUCUUGCCUUUGUCUAAGGCAUGGUCAAAAGAGUUCUGGUCUAGGAAAUGCCUGGACUUACCCUUUCCGCUCUAGGAGUUCACAGCCCAUGCUGUGCACUGUACAGUGGAAAUGUUGAGAUAAAUAAAGUCUUGCUAGUUCAAUCGC